AUGAGCAAAUUCUAUCUUAACGACACCCCCAGCUCCACGUCCUCCACGUCCUCCCUCGACCUCCCCUAUCCCGCCCCACUCCCACGAUCCGACUUCCUCUCCCCCGAUUUCUUGCCCUCACUCUAUCUCUCUACCCUACGCAACCGGCACCAAACCCUCGAAGACCUGCGUGCCGAGCUGCGCUCCCGCUCGCAGCUGCUCAGCCGCGAGCUACUCGACCUCGUCAAUGCGCAUUAUAGCGAUUUUUUGUCGCUUGGCAGCAGCCUUACGGGCGGAGAUGAGAAGGUCGAGGAAGUGAGGGUAGGCUUGUUGGGGUUUAGAAAGGAGGUUGAGGGCCUGAGACGGCGGGUGGAGGAGAGGAGAGGGGAGGUUGAGGGGUUGGUCAGGGAGAGGGUCGGGGUGAGGAGGGAGGUGACUGUUGGACGGGCGUUGUUGGAUGUUAAUACUAGGCUUGAGGAGUUGGAGGAAGGGCUGAUGGUUGAGUCGGCUGGGAAGACAGACAAAGUCCAAGACGGUCAGGAUGCGGCGGACGUGAGUGACAGCGAGGAGCUGAGUGACGAGGAUGAGGAGGAUGAAGGCGGCGGUGCGGCUUUCAUGUCGCUGUCGAAGCUGCAGCGGCAAUUGCAACAGUACAUGGUCGUACGGCAGUUGACAGAUCACGUUGGACUGGACCAUCCGUUCCUAGUUGCGCAAAAGCCAAGGAUGACGAGAGUGCGGAGUGCAAUCUUACUGGAUCUCAGCGCCGCGUUAAAACAGGCAUACGCAGCAGGAGACGCAGGGCAAAGGCGCGUGAUGAACAUUAUGGCCUUGUAUCGAGACAUGGAUGAGGCGAGAGAGGCGAUUGGCAUUCUCAAAGGACUCAACAAGCGACGGUGA